AGCCAUGUCGGCUCAAGGCUCUUAUCGUCAGGUGUUUUUCAUUAGCGGCGGUCUGUGCACGAUUCGCCCGCGGCCCAAGGAGGUUUUUUCGCGAUGGCAACUGCGGAGAGCACCGUGACGCUGUCCAUGGACGAGGUGGCCAAGCACAACACGAAGGAGGACUGCUGGGUGGUGCUCUAUGGCAAGGCCUACGAUCUGGGGAAAUUCGCCAAGGUGCAUCCUGGGGGGGCGAAGCUGAUCUUCGACUGCGCCGGGAAGGAUGCGACCGCCGUGUUCGACCCCAUCCACCCCAAGGACAUCAUGCAGAAGCUGCUGAAGCCCGCCCUCACCAUGGGCGUCGUGGACCCGGCCACCAUCCGGGAGGAGCACAAGGCGAAGCCGCCAGAGAAGGCGGCUCCCGCCCCGAAGAGUGCGGCGCCAGCGGUCGCGGACGGCGAGGCGCAGAUCGUGGAGUUCGUGAAGCCGCCGCUCGCCGCGAUGCUGAACACGUUCGACUUCGAGUCGGUCGCCCGGGAGGUCAUGGAGUCGCAGGCCUGGGGCUAUUAUUCUAGCGGCGGUGACGACGAGAUCACCCUCCGCGACAACCACAUGGCUUUUCAGCGCGUCACGAUGCGGCCGCGCAUCCUCGUGAACGUUUCGGAGAUCGACCUCACCACCAGCUUCCUGGGCGUGUCGUCCGCGCUGCCGCUGUACUUCACCGCAACCGCCCUCGCGAAGCUGGCCCACCAGGACGGCGAGGUGGCCAUCGUGAAGGCCGCCAGGAAGGCUGGCGUCCCGUACAUGCUGCCCACCCUCAGCUCCUACACCUUGGACGAGAUGUUGGACGCGCGCGCGCCCGGCCAGGAGCUCUUCUCGCAGCUGUACGUGAACCCGGAGCGCUCCCGGACGCAGGAGUACGUGGAGAAACUCGAGAAGAACGGCGUUCGCGCCCUUUUCGUCACCGUGGACGCCCCACAGCUUGGGCGGCGCGAGAAGGACAUGCGCAACAAGUUCACCCAGCAGGGCUCCGACGUGCAGGGGGACGACGAGGCGGAGGGCGAGGUGGACCGCUCGCAGGGUGCCACCCGGGCGAUCAGCAGCUUCAUCGACCCCAGCCUCAAUUGGGAGGACGUGCCUUGGCUGCAGUCCAUCACCAAGAUGAAGGUGCUCCUCAAGGGCGUGCAGUGCGGCGAGGACGCCGUGCAGGCGUACAAGGCCGGCCUCGCCGGGUGCGUGCUCUCGAACCACGGCGGCAGGCAGUUGGACACUUGCCGCUCAGGGAUCGAGGUGCUGCCCGAGGUCAUGGGGGCCCUGCAGGCGGCGGGCUACAAGAAGGAGGACUUCACCGUCUUCAUCGACGGCGGCAUCCGGCGGGGCGCGGACAUCUUCAAGGCCGUGGCCCUCGGCGCGGCCGCCUGCGGCAUCGGCCGCCCAGUGCUCUACUCCCUCGCUUCCUACGGCGAGAAGGGCAUCGUGCGCAUGGUGCAUAUGCUGCAAGACGAGCUGCAGAUGGUGAUGCGCCUCAGCGGCACCGCGAGCAUCCCGAGCAUCACGCCCAACCACGUCAUUACCAGGAACCUGGCCGACCACAUCGUCCCGCUGCCGCAGGACAACCUGGUGCAGGGCACGUACAUGCCGCUCAUGCCGGCGGCAAGGCUGUGAGUUCGGCGCGGUGCCCAGCGCCACGUUGGUGCGUGGGCCCGCUGCCCUCAUGGGCCCAGCGCUUGUGUGUGCACCAUUGCCUGCCGGGUUUGGUCCCGGGUCGUUUUCUCCAUUGGGUGUUUGUUUGGGGAGGCAGAGACUCAGUCUAUGCCCUUCGCGAAUUCGACUCGGCCGUUCUGGCUUCGCGCGGCGCGGCUAAGGUGCGCCCAAACAGUUUUCCCGUGGCGUCCGGCGCCGGCCGAACGUUUGGUCAGAUGGGCGGCCAGACGUUCUGUAAGAUAGUUUCUUAGUGCCCAUCGUGGAUACGCUCAGGGUGGUUUCAUGUCCGAGUCGUCGGUGCCCUAGCAGUGAACAGAGCUGUUCGUGUCGAGUAGACCAUGUUUCUCCAUAGUGACUUUCGUAACAGACCGUGUGCCUAUCGAGAGCAAUCUCUCGAGCAAGAAAAAGGCUCCCAAGAGCGAGCGGUGACAAAACAAGGCUCUUCG